AUGAAGAGGAUUACGGGUUUAAAGGUGGCUCGGGCGAGUCCGGCGGUAUCUCACCUCCUCUUUGCCGAUGAUAGCUUGUUCUUCUGCAGAGCGACUGGGGAGGAAAGCAGGGUGUUACUCCAAAUUUUAAAGGAAUAUGAGGUUGCAUCGGGGCAACAGAUAAAUCUCGGGAAGUCCUCAGUUCAGUUUGGACAUACGGUGGACCCGGACGUGAGACGGGAGGUACAUCAGACCUUGGGAAUUACCACGGUGGGGGGGUGUCGGGAACUACCUGGGGAUUCCGGAAAGUUUAGUGGGCACAAAGACAAAAAUAUUCAGCUUCCUGGUGGAGAGACAAAAUCAACGCAUAAAUGGUUGGAACUCAAAGUGGUUAUCAAAAGGAGGAAAAGAGGUUCUUAUCAACUCAGUAGUCUCGGCGAUGCCUACACAUGUUAUGUCAUGUUUUCGUCUACCUAA